AUGGACAGAUUUGUGAAACUACCAAUGCCCUGUAACAAGAUUCUUGCGACUUAUGUAUGGAUUGACGGAUCCGGAAUAAAUUUGAGGAACAAGGACAAAAUAUUAACUUGCACUCCAUAUACCCCAGAAGCAGCACCAGACUGGGCAUUCGAUGGUAGUUCCACAGGACAAGCUACCACAGAUAACUCUGAUACUAUUCUAAAGCCGUGUGCCAUAUAUAGAGACCCUUUUAGGAUGGAGCCACAUAUGUUAAUAUUAUGCGAGGUUUAUGCAGGCGAUGGUAAACCGGUAGCUACGAAUAAUAGAAAAUUUUGUAACGACUUAUGCGAAUUUCACAAAGCCGAAGAACCUUGGUUUGGUUUAGAGCAAGAAUAUACUAUGCUUGAUGUGGAUGGUUGGGGUUUAGGGUGGCCGAAAGGUGGCGGUUUUCCUGCUGUAAAGUAUGAGUUUUCAUACUGUGGAGUGGGAGCAAAGUACGUGGCAGGUCGCGACAUUGUAGAAUGUCAUGCUAAAGCUUGUCUUUAUGCUGGUUGUGAUUUUGAGGGUACUAAUGCUGAAGUUAUGUUUUCUUCUUGGGAAUGGCAAAUUGGUACCACAGUGGGCAUUAAGGCUCCAGAUGAUUUGUGGAUAUCACGUUAUAUAAUGUCCCGAGUUGCUGAAUCUUAUGGCGUCGAUAUAACUUAUCAUCCAAAGCCCAUGGGUCCUAAGCAUCCUGGUUUAGGUAUGCAUCAUAAUUUUAGCACAAAAAAAAUGCGCUCAGAUGGUGGUUACAAAUUUAUUGAAGAAUGCAUUAAGAAACUUGAAACUAAUCAUUUGAAACAUAUGAAACAUUACAGUACUGAUGAGUUAGGAAACCGAAUGCGACUCUCAGGAAAAUUUGAAACGGCUCCUUUUGACAAAUUUUCUUGGGGCAUCGCCAACAGAAAAGUAUCUAUUCGUAUUCAACGAAGUGUUAAGGAAAAGGGUAGAGGCUUCCUUGAAGACAGACGGCCCAGCGGAGAUUGCGAUCCCUACUUGGUUUGUGGAUUGUUACUAGAAACAUGUCUAGGACCAGCAGGUCGUAGCAGUGGUUCUCCUUGUCCACCAACACCAAAAUGCAGAUAG